AUGGCGGGCGCCACAGAUAUAGUGCAACAGCUCCCUCAGCUCGAAGCGCUGUGCGAGAGGUUGUACAACUCCAAGGACCCCCAGGAACGCGCUCAGGCUGAGCAGAUACUGAGAGUGUUUGGUCAAACGACUGAAUACAUAGCUCACUGCAAGGCAAUUCUGGACAAUUCUCGAUCGGCGUAUGCGCAGCUCUUCGCCUCCGCCAGCCUCAUCAAAGUUGUCACCGAGCAUACCAUCAGUGUGCCGGUGAAGCUGGAGAUGCGAAACUACUUCAUAUCAUACCUGGACAGUCGAGGCACACAGCUGGAGGGCUAUGUGAUCACGUCGCUGGUGCAGCUGCUGUGCCGCACCACCAAGCUGUGCUGGUUCGAUGACGACAACUUCAGGAACAUCGUUGAGGAUGCCAAGGCGUUCCUGACCAAAGGGACAGGAGGCUCCCCGGGGCACUAUCUGCUGGGCUUGAAGAUCUUGAACAUGCUGGUGGUGGAGUUCAACCAGCCGACGCCUGGGAGGACGAUGACGCAGCACCGCAAGCCGGCGGUUGCAUUCCGCGACACAGCGCUCUUCAAGGUCUUCCAGACGGCCAUCGCGUCCCUGCAGCUGCUGCAGUCCAACGCUGCAGCAGAGGAGAAGCUGAGGGAGCAGGCUGUCUCCCUGGCACUCCAAUGCCUGUCGUUUGACUUUGUGGGGACUUGCUUGGACGAGUCAUCGGAAGAUUUGGGCACGAUCCAGGUACCGUCCACAUGGAGGCCGGUGAUAGAGGACCCCAAAACACUGCAAAUCUUUCUAGAUUUCUACGCCGCGUCAAAGCCGCCGCUGUCCUCCAUGGCGCUUGAAUGCCUGGUGCGGCUAGCGUCCGUGCGGAGGUCUCUGUUUGUGAGCGAUACGGAACGCAGCAAGUUCCUGAACCACCUUGUGACUGGCACGCGCGACAUCCUGCGCUUGCAGCAGGGCCUCAGCGAGCACAGCAACUACCAUGAAUUCUGCCGCCUGCUCGGUCGCUUGAAGACCAAUUAUCAGCUUUCGGAACUGGUGAAUGUGGACAAGUACCAUGAGUGGAUACAGCUGGUUGCAGAGUUGACAGUGAACUCGCUGAACUCGUGGCAAUGGGCAUCCAACAGCGUGUACUACCUGCUGGGCUUGUGGAGCCGUUUAGUAUCCUCCAUGCCCUACCUCAAGGGGGAAUCCCCUUCGCUGCUGGAGACCUACGUGCCCAAGAUCACCGAAGCCUACCUCACAUCCAGGCUGGAGUCGGUGCGGGCGGUUCUGGCAAAUGGCAUUGCGGAGGACCCCUUGGAGAGCGAGGAGCAACUGCAGGAGCAGAUGGACAGCCUGCCCUACAUGUGCAGGUUCCAGUACGAGUACGCGGUGGAACUCAUUGUGGGCAGGAUGGACCCAAUAGUAGCGGCAUACCAGAAGGCUGGAACAGAGGGGACGGCAGAUGGGGCGAGCAUUGCACUUUUAGAGGGGCAGCUGACAUGGCUGACACACAUCAUAGGGGCGAUCUUGCGAGGGCGCCUCAAUCAGAGCGCCUUAGACACACAGGAAACAAUAGAUGGGGAUCUUGCGGUGAGGGUGUUUGGGCUGCUGCAAAUGGUAGAUAGUGGAUUCCACCAGAGCCGGUAUGGGGAGAGGUCGCGGCAACGGCUCGACAUUGCAAUCCUGUCAUUUUUCCAGAGCUUCCGCAAGGUCUAUGUUGGAGAGCAGGUCAUGCACUCCUCCAAGCAUGCGGUGGCUGCGCUGCAGGUGUAUGUGCGGUUGUCAGAGCGGCUAGGGCUGAGCGAUCACUUGAUGGUGCUGAAUGUCAUGCUGUCAAAGAUCGCCACCAACUUGAAAGUGUACGGCUCCUGUGAUGAAGUCAUCACCCUGACCCUGAACCUCUUUCAGGAUCUAGCGGCAGGGUAUAUGAGCGGGAAGCUACUGCUGAAGCUGGAGGCCACGGCUUUCAUUCUGCAGCACCACACAGCGGAGCACUUUGCGUUCCUGGACGACCCGGCCAAUAGCAGGAGCCGCACCAGCUUUUACUGCACGCUGGCGCGCCUGCUCUUCAUGGAGGACACCCCUGCCAAGUUCAAGUCCUUCGUGGCUCCCCUGCAGCAGGUGCUUGUGGGAGUGGCGUCUGCGGCCAGCAGCUCGAUGGCCCUGCGCCAUACAGUGCAGCGGCAGACAGUCAUCGGGCUCAUGCGCGACCUGCGAGGCAUCGCACAGGCCACCAGCAGCAAACGCACCUACAGCUUGCUGUUUGAGUGGCUGUACCCUGCGCACCUGCCCACGCUGCGCUCCUGUCUGGAGGCAUGGGCUGACUCGCCGGACGUCACCACCGCGAUGCUCAAGUUCAUGGCAGAGUUCGCCCUGAACAAGACGCAGCGGCUGACCUUUGACUCCUCCUCCCCGAACGGCAUCCUGCUCUUCAGAGAAGUCUCCAAGGUGCUGGUGACAUACGGGUCGCGGGUGGUGACGGCUGGGGCAACGUCGGAUCCGUACGGGCAGAAGUACAAGGGCAUCUGGAUCUGCCUGGAGCUGCUCAAGCGCGGCCUGGCCGGUAACUAUGUCAACUUCGGCGUGUUUGAGCUCUAUGGCGACCCCGCACUCAAGGACGCGCUGGACAUAACGAUGAAGAUGGCGCUGAGCAUUCCGCUGGCGGACAUAAUGGCGUACCGCAAGGUGGGCAAGGCCUUCUUCGGGCUGCUGGAGGUGCUGUGCGCCAACCACACCGGCGUCAUCGCAGCCUGCGACACCGCCACCUUCGCCUUCCUCAUGACCGCCCUCGACUCUGGGCUCAAAUCCCUCGACGUGGUGGUGAGCUCGCAGUGCGCGGGCGCCGUGGACAACCUGGCCGGUUUCUACUUCAAAGCCGUGCAGGCCAGCAACGGCAGCCCCCAGCCCGCCGCCACCCAGGCGUUUGCGGAGCAUUUGCGGCAGCGCCCUGAACUGCUGCCCACGCUCCUGACGACGCUGUUUGAGAUCGUGCUGUUUGACGACUGCACCAACCAGUGGAGCCUCAGCCGGCCCAUGCUCAGCCUCAUCCUAGUCAAUGAGCAGGCACGCCCCAUCCUCUUGCAGAUCUACACGGCGCUGCGCAACAGGAUAGUGGCAGCGCAGCCGCUUGACCGCCAGGCGCACCUGUCCCAGUGCCUGGACAAGCUCAUGGCUGAUGUACAACGCAACCUCGAACCCAAGAACCGAGACAAAUUCACCCAGAACCUAACGAAUGUGCGGCACGAAUUCCGGAGCAAAGUUUGA